AUGAGCGGAAAUAACCGUCAGGCACUGUACAAAAACAAUGCCAAGGAGCAACUUGGGAAGGAAAAGCGAACUGAGGAGGUUUGAAAAAAAGAGAAAUCAAGAAAAUAUAGUAGUUAUUUUAGAUUAUCUCGAUUCGUAAGGACAAACGUGAGGAGGCCAUCUCCAAGCGCCGAAACCUGAAGCCAGAGUUGGUUUUUUUUUUGAACUGCAACUUGGAAAUGGUGUAUGUCAAUGAAUUGUUAUUCAGAGAUGACGUAGAAGUGUCGGCCGGUCAAUCGGGACCAUUUGACGAGAGCAUGCUCAGAAUGACUGUGGAGGCGGCUCUUUCCAAAGAUCCAGCCACUCAGUUGGCCGCUGUCCAACAGGUUUGUAAAGAACUUAACUUAGUAGAUUAAAAAAGGAGUUACCAUUUGAGGUUUCUUUCUCUUUCUCGUGUUAUUUGUUAGGGAAAAGCUUUGUUUUUUCUUUCUAACUUUAUAUUUUAGGCCAGAAAGAUGCUCUCAUCUGACCGUAACCCGCCAAUCGAUGACUUGAUUUCGAGUGGAAUUCUUCCGGUCCUGGUCAACUGUCUCUCCUCCUCAGAGUAGUGGAAUUGAGUGGAUAUAUUAUGAUAAAAAUCUUCAAUUUUCAGCCCCAACCUGCAGUUCGAGGCCGCCUGGGCUCUCACCAACAUCGCCUCGGGAAAUUCGGAGCAAACUCGCGCUGUUGUAAGUUUUGCGGAAAACAAUUGAGUCUUUAAAACAACAAAAUAAUUUUUGAGAGAUGUGAAAAACGGAAGAUUAUCAUUAUAGUUGAAACGAUAUCAAAAGGUAUUGAAUCCGGUUUCAACAAAAAGAUUGAAAAAAAAAGAUUCCUAAAUAAGAGAUUUGUGUUUCAAAAUAUAUCAAAGUAGGAUUCGUUUUGAAACUGAAUUCGCUGCAAGUUGAGUUUUCAAAAAAAAAUUUUUAUUGCAUCUUUAAUGUAAGAACACAUGUGCAAUCGACUUUCAUUGAUUAACCUGUGUUCAAACGGCGGCAGGAGCUGUGGCUUAGGCAGAGAAGUUGGGAAUUUCGCUCAGAAAAAGGCUAAAAGAUAAGUUGGCUUUGGCAGAAAUUUAAAGAAAAUCGAUACAUUUCACAAUUCCGAUGUUUUUUGCUCAAAAACUCUUUGAUAGUGGUCGACUGCGUAUAUUUACGGUUUUUGAGUUAAAUUUUUGCCUGGAAACAGGAUUCCGCAGAAAAAUGCUGUAAAGAUGAAAAGUUUCGAGUGUAGCGGGUCUGUUCAAGAUAGCUGGUCGUAUCACGGUAGUUUGGACAUUUUUCUUGGUAAAAUAUAAAUUUUGCUUUUAUUAGGACGUAAAUAUUAUUGCUACCUUGAGAGACAUGUUGUAAACGAGUUUCGAAUUGGGAAGGUUUUUUCUAGCAUCGGAACUGGAACACUUUUGAAGCUAUCACGAAUAACCGCCUUAGGCGAGCUAGAAGUUCGAACGUGUAGUUGAUCAAGUUGAAAGCGUGGUCUAACGAUUCUUGACAUUGUUCUGCGCGUUUUUCAUCCAGUUGCCUUGAUGAGCUCAGAAUGUAGCGGAUCUUGAAGCUGGGGCCCAAAGGCCGUGCUAUAGGUGGAAGCCUCGGAAUGAGAGCGACCAUCGAAAAAUAUGUCUUUACAUAAAGUCCAAAUUUAUUCAGCUCAAAAUGAAUGUUUCCAGGUGGACGCCGGUGCAGUGCCUCUGUUCCUGCAACUCCUUUCCUGCGGCAACAUGAGCGUCUGCGAACAGGCCGUAUGGGCCCUGGGCAACAUCAUCGGCGACGGACCUCAUUUCCGCGACUACUGUCUCCAGCUGGGAAUCCUGCAGCCGCUUCUCUCGUUCAUCAUCCCCGACAUCCCGAUCGGCUUCCUCCGCAACGUCACCUGGGUCAUAGUCAACCUGUGCCGUUCCAAGGACCCUGCGCCGAGUCACGAAGUCGUCCAGACCAUCCUGCCGGCCUUGGCUCUCCUCAUCCAUCACCAGGACAUCAACAUCCUCGUCGACACCGUCUGGGCCUUGUCCUACCUCACCGACGGCGGAAAUGAGCAGAUUCAGAUGGUCAUCGAGUCGGGGGUUCGUCUACAUUUCUCUGAAAACUUCAUUUCACACGAAUUUUGAAGGAUAUAUUUUUUUGAUGUGCAUACGAAAUUGAGAUGGAUCUUUCAGAUUGAGAAAUAUGGGAAAAUGCAGUGAAUUUUUGAGGGCUUUCAUCAUUUUUAGUGUUCCUGAAAGUUCUAUUGUACUCUUUAAUCCAAUAAGAUUAUUUUAUACCUGAUACGUUCAGGUAGUGGCUCACCUGGUGCCGAUCCUCGGCCACACCGACGUAAAAGUGCAGACGGCCGCCCUCCGCGCCGUCGGAAACAUCGUCACGGGAACCGACGAACAGACGCAAUUGGUCCUCGAAUGCGACGUUCUGAAGUACAUCCCCGGUCUCUUGGCCCACUACAAGGAGAAGAUCAACAAGGUUUCAGACACAUCAGAAAAAUGAAAAUGUUAAGCUUUCAGGAAGCCGUUUGGUUCGUGUCGAACAUCACCGCUGGCAAUGCUCAGCAAGUUCAAGCCGUCCUCGACGCCGGACUCAUUCCGAUGAUCAUCCAUCUCUUGGACCGUGGAGAUUAUCCAACUCAGAAGGUCUAGAAAAAGAAUAGAUUGCAAAAAUGAAUAAUGGAAGAAUCAGUUCUUAUUUUAUCAAUUCGAACUUUUUCCAGUCACCUUCAAUUUUAAAAAAAGACGGAUUUGUACAUAGAUUUUCAAGCGAAAAUGAUUUUAACUAUAGAAAAAAACGAGGUCAGUAGAUAUUUUUUUUGAUUGGAAUAAUCCACUCCAGGAAUCUUUUUAUCAUAAAAAAAGUUGAUUCGAACUCUGAAAAAAAGUUAUCAACGCUUUCUUAAACCGAUUUGCUGUCCCUAGAGAAAAUUCCGUAGCUUUUUCAAUGUUGUUUUCAACACCGAAAUUUAGUAGAAUAAGUUAAUUUUAUGUUCCGAAAUUUGCAGGAAGCCGCUUGGGCCAUUUCCAACGUGACGAUCUCUGGCCGUCCUCAUCAGGUCCAGCAAAUGGUCAAAAUGGGAGUUCUUCGCCCGUUUUGCAGCCUUUUGGACUGCAAGGAGACCCAGAUCCUUCAGGUUUGAAAAUUUUGAAAGAAUAAGUGAAUAGGGUGAACAUUGGUUAAUAAAAAUUUGGUAAAAAAGAAUUUUUUCUUCAUUUGCGAGGUUUCAGAUUAAUUUGUAAUACCACUAAUCUAUGAAAUUGUAAGGCUCAUUUUUUUUAAAAGUUUUGUUGGGUGAGCUAUGAGAAAUGUGUUUCCAGGUCGUCCUUGAUGGAAUCAACAACAUUCUCAAGAUGGCCGGAACCAUCACCGAGGAGGUGACCGCCGAGAUUGAACGCUGUGGAGGUGAGAAUUAUUUAAAAAAGAUUUUUUUCCAAGUUUUGUCCAUCUCAAGUGUAAAUAUUGAAUUUUUUCCAGGCUUGGACAAGAUUGAGAGCCUGCAGAACCACGAGAACGAGGACAUCUACAAGCUGACCUUCGAGAUCAUCGACACCUACUUCAGGUAGGAAAAUGAUGUGAUGCACAGAAUAAUAUAUAAAAUUGCAUUGAAAAAAAUUAAAAUAGUGAAGACGGUUAUCAAAUUUUUUCUUUUGAAAGUUCUAUAACUUCCAGAAGUAGAUUAGAAUGUGGAAAUUAUAUCUUCUGAAUCUAGCCAAUAAAUGAACCUCAUUAAAAGUUCGCUAGGAAAUUUAAGCUAUAAUCAGCCAGGGGGACCUCUGUGCAUGUGCGCUCUAAGGAGAAACUUUGAAAGAUUUGGGAUUUUUCGAAAAAAAAAAUAACCUUGGUAACGCGAAUUGGACGUGUCGGGGCAUUUCUAGUGACCACUUUAGUAACCUCAGCACUCUUAAGUGAUCCCUAGAAUCGUCCGAAAACGUCCAGAGAACGUCCGUUACGUGUUACCAAUAUCCUAGUUCGAAAAAUAACCUCGGUAACGAAAACCGGACGCGCUUCGUACUUUUCUGAGCAUUUCUAGGGAUCACUUAAGGGGCUAACGCUACUAAAAAGGUCACUAGCAUUGAUUCAAAACGUCCGUCCUAUCUUACCAAGGUUCGAGAAUUUGGUUCAAAAAGAAAGAAAAAUCUUUAGAAAUUCUAAGCUUUUUCCUUCAUAUUUCUUUGAAUGAUAGAGGACAAAAUUGGGAUUUUGCAGCUCUGAGGAAGAGGAAGGCCACAUGGCCGUCCCGAGCAGCUCGGAGUUCGCAUUCGGAGCUCCAGGCGCAGCUCCUCCAGCUCCAGAAGGACCUUCUGGAACUGGCGAUUGGAAAUUCUCCUAA